AUGCUCGAUCCUACGCCUUGCGCAAGCGGGAGUCCGCGAAGUUGCUCUUUCGUUGACUCGAAGCGACAGGUUCACCUCACGUCCGAGCGGAGACGGCGGGAAUCGAUUCGCAACGGAUAUUUAGAGCUGAAAGCAUUGGUGCCCGUCAACUCGAAUAAUAUGGGCACGAAGUUGACGAAUGCAGUCGUUUUGUCGAAUGCCGUUGAGUACUUACGAGGACUGAGGGAGAAGGUGGCGGUUCAGGGCGAGGAAAUAAAGCGCUUGACGACGCAGACGUUGGCGUUGGGGCUCAUUUCGCAGAAUUAUGCUCAGCUCAGCGUCGAAGAACACCUGAUGUCCGAUGAAGCGAGCGUCGACAGGCUAUCGUUUGCCAAGUACAAUCUUGUAAGCAACGCGCUGUUCGUUUUUUUUUCUGUUGCAACAUGGUUCCGGUGCGAUGAAAGCGUGCUUUGUAUUUUGCUUAUUUGCGGAUGUUGUUUUUUGUUUAAUCGAAAUUUUAAAAGAAGGAUAGCUAUGAAAGUCUAAAC